AUGGGAAAUGAAGAUGCUCAAAAGCAUGAAGAAGGUGAAGGCAUGGACGAACAAGAGUUGUGUAUUCAUAAAAACCUUGCCAAAGAACAACAAAAGGAAGUGAACCAGCACGUUGAAAUUCCAAAAGUCAUGCAACCUUUACCUAAAAUACCUCCAUUUCACCAACGAUUAAAGAAAAAGAAUGAAGAUGAGAAGUUCAAGAAGGUCCUAUCAGUGUUCAAGACACUAUCGACCAACCUCCCCCUUGUGGAAGCAUUAUUGGAAAUGUCGGGAUACACCAAGUUCAUGAAAGAGUUGGUCACAAAGAAGAGGAGUUUGGAUUUUGAGACAAUUGAAGUUUCCCAUAGUUGUAGUGUUAUUAUGACUAAGGAGCUGAUAAAAAAGAGAGAAGAUCCCGAGGCAUUCACUAUUCCUUGCACCGUAGGCAUGCUCCAAUUCGCUAAAGAUUUAUGCGAUUUAGGAGCAAGCAUCAACUUAAUGCACUAUGCAAUAUACAAAAAAUUUGGGUUGGGUGAACCGAAAGCAACCACAAUGAGACUCCUGAUGGCAGACCGUUCAAUCAAACAUCCUGUGGGGAUACUUUAUGACAUCCUGGUAAAGGUCGAUCGGUUCAUUUUUCCAGCUAAUUUUGUGAUUUUAGAUUGUGAAAUAGAUGCCGAAAUUCCUACUAUUUUGGGAUGGCCAUUCUUGGCAACCGAGAGAGCAUUGGUAGAUAUUGAAAGUGGAAAAUUGAAGUUUCAGGUGAACGAAGAUGAAGUAACCUUUAAUAAUUGUAAAUCCAUGAAAUACCCAAGUGAUAUUCAUGUGGUGUCUACUGAUGAUGUUAUUGAUGAGGUGGUAGCUAGUGUGAGCCAUUUGAUGUGCAUGAAUGAACCCCUUGAAGUUGUACUUGCUAAUUAUGAUGAAUCUGAAGUUCAGGGCUACGAGGAAGUAGUAGCUACCUUGUCAGGAUUAGGAGGAUAUUCAAAGACUACAAUCAAGUUGGAUAUUGACCUAAAAAAAAAAAGAGUCCUCCCGGAAAGCCAUCAACAGAAGAACCGCCUAAUCUAG